CAGCUCUGGGUGACAGCUCAGUAGGGGUGUCUGGGAAAUACAGCUUGCUGUAAGGGACUUCUCAGGGAGUUCUACUGACCAGAUACAGGUAAGGAGCACUGCCUCACAGGCACUCCCUCGCUACACACCUCUGAACACCUUGUACCAGGACAGGUUCAUACACAGGUAUACCUUUAGAACUGCUAUAGCUACAGAUUUCCAUACGAUCUAAACUGGAGUCUCAUUUGUAGGAUCUUUGCUGGUCAUUUAAUUUAUAUUACUAAAUGUAGUAUCAUUUUGCUCCCAGUCAACUCUUUUUUAUUCUAUUUUGCAUGCGUGUCGACUAAGAUAUGGAUUAUUUCGACCAUGAAUGCUGCGUGUGUGCAUCCUACAAAUACCUCCAAAGCCACCUGAAAUGUAAUUUUAACAAACUACUAGACAACAAUUCAAAAUAGUUUAAAUAUUCCAAUGUUACAUUUUCUAUGUAAUUCUACAGUUAUAAACAAGGCAAUAUGUGUAGAUGUGAGUAUGUUAGACUCGGAGUUCAUACACUUGGAGUAAGUUCAUACACUGUUCACACUGUUGACCUGUUGACACACAGGCACUAAUCACAGAGUUGAGAGAGUUUAGAGAAGUAGCUACGGUACCAAUCACCAAACAUGUAAUCCUAACUAAUGAGAAAAUGUCUUUAGCGAAAGGAACCUUUUAAUCCAUUAAAUUUUCCACCCAAAGGUUUCCUUUUGACAUACAGAUCCACACAAUAACAUUGCAUCAUUGCUCUCAUUCACUAAGUGAAACGCUGUGCAUGGCGCUCAAGUCUCAUGGCUCAUGGCCUACAUAGAAGGACUAUUUUCUAGAUGACUAAAUCUAAUCUAUUCUUCAAGACGUAUGAGGGUUAUACCUAUAUCAACGGAAAUGAAUGCGUAAAUGAGCACAACCGUUAGUGAGAAAACUGAUUUGGUCCUUGAUGAUGACAGUACAAUCAAAUCACUAUUAGAUAUCAAAUAUGCAAUAUCUAAAUAUAAAAGAUAUGAAUUAAUUAUUAUUACCGAAACCUUGGUAGAGCAUGGGUGGAGUAGGCAUUGUGGUGCUCAUGUGAAUUUCCUUUCUUUUUCGGCUUCAGACCAAUGCCUACUUCUUACUUAAAACUUAGUUUUAGUUUUUAAAAGUAUAUUCUGUCAGAGGGGUGAAAGCAGACUUAGAGCAUGUGGAUAUGCCACAGAGAUACGCAGCUCUGAAAUAGAGAUAGACAGCUUCUGCCAGUCUAUUAGAGAUGGGCAGUGAAGACCUGCAGCUCCUCCAACGUACAACAGUAUGCCAUUUUCCCCUCCAUCUUCCCCUCCAUCCUCCAUCCUGCCCUCCAUCCUCCAUCCUCCCCUCCAUCCUCCAUCCUCACCCCUCCAUCCUCCCCUCCAUCCUCCAUUCUGCCCUCCAUCCUCCAUCCUCCCCCUCCAUCCUCCAUCCUCCCCUCCAUCCUCCAUCCUCCCCUCCAUCCUCCCCUCCAUCCUCCCCUCCAUCCUCCCCUCCAUCCUCCAUCCUGCCCUCCAUCCUCCAUCCUCCCCUCCAUCCUCCAUCCUCCAUCCUCCAUCCUCACCGCUCCAUCCUCCCCCUCCAUCCUCCAUCCUCCCCUCCAUCCUCCCCUCCAUCCUCACCCCUCCAUCCUCACCUCCAUCCUCACCCCUCCAUCCUCCCCUCAUCCUCACCCUUCCAUCCUCUCCCUCCAUCCUCCAUCCUCCCCUCUAUCCUCACCCCUCCAUCCUCCAUCCUUCUCCCCAUCCUCCCCUCCAUCCUCACCCCUCCAUCCUCCAUCCUCCCCUUCAUCCUCAUCCCUCCAUCCUCCCCUCCAUCCUCACCCUUCCAUCCUCCCCUCCAUCCUCACCCCUCCAUCCUCCAUUCUCCCCUCCAUCCUCACCCCUCCAUCCUGCCCCCUCCUCUCUCCCCCCAGUCAUUCAUCACAGCAGUGCCAGACAUGUGCCCAUGAGUAUUCAUCAGGAGGAGUUACUGCGGCACAGCGACAUGAACCUCUGAUUUACAGCCCUGCCUCCUGUCACUCCUAAUAGUAGAGCAUCUAGAGAAAGUGUACAACAGGCUGGUAUGGGAGGAGGCUGGUAUGGGAGGAGGCUGGUAUGGGAGGAGGCUGGUAUGGGAGGAGGCUGGUAUGGGAGGAGGCUGGUAUUGGAGGAGGCUGGAAUUGGUGGAAGUUGGUAUUGGAGGAGGCUGGUAUUGGAGGAGACUGGUAUGGGAGGAGGCUGGUAUUGGAGGAGCCUGGUAUUGAAGGAGGCUGGUAUUGGAGGAGACUGGUAUUGAAGGAGGCUGGAAUUGGAGGAAGUUGGUAUGGGAGGAGGCUGUUAUAGGAGGAGACUGGUAUGGGAGGAGGCUGGUAUUGGAGGAGACUGGUAUGGAAGGAGGCUGGUAUUGGAGGAGACUGGUAUUGGAGGAAGUUGGUAUGGGAGGAGGCUGGUAUUGGAGGAGACUGGUAUGGGAGGAGGCUGGUAUUGGAGGAGACUGGUAUUGAAGGAGGCUGGUAUUGGAGGAGGAUGGUAUUGGAGGAGGCUGGUAUUGGAGGAGGCUGGUAUGGAAGGAGGCUGGUAUUGAAGGAGGCUGGUAUUGGAGGAGGCUGGUAUUGAAGGAGGCUGGUAUUGAAGGAGGCUGGUAUUGGAGGAGGCUGGUAUUGAAGGAGGCUGGUAUUGAAGGAGGCUGGUAUUGGAGGAGGCUGGUAUUGGAGGAGGCUGGUAUUGGAGGAGACUGGUAUAGGAGGAGGCUGGUAUUGGAGGAGACUGGUAUUGGAGGAGGCUGGUAUAGGAGGAGGAACAGGUGCCGAUGAGUGAAUAGAUGCAAAGUGAUGCUGAAAGGUAUUAGUAAUUGAGGGUUUGUUCCCCAGAAAUGCUCAUUUGCAAUAUUGUGUUCAAAUAAAACAUUGAGAUGAAUAGGAAAUAUUGCUCUGGAAGAAUGUUGUAGAGAAGUGUACAGCCAACUGUAGAAUUAUAAAGGGCCACAUUACCCCUAUUCAGUUAGGUCUUUAAAAAAUGUUCUUCUAAAUUAACAAAUGCAUAAUUCCAUUCAAAAUGCUUUAAGAAACCCACUUUAUAUCUAACAUAGGCCUAAAAUGACCACUUGUAAGGCAAAAAAUGUAUCCAAAGUCUAAUUGAGCAAAUAUUACGCUAUGUCCCAACCUCGUAAUUUUCUCAAAAUAGCGAAGUACCCUACCCGAGACCACAAUUUGUCAUGCAGUGUCAGCUGUGGCUGGUUCAAUGCCACAUCACAGCAGCAGUCAAGGGAACACCAUUUAUCGUACAAUAAUUUCAUUCCAAAGUUGCGUAGUAAUGGAACCAUGGAAGGGUGGGAUUCAUUAGACUAUUAGCAUAUAAAGGAGCUUUAGCAUAGAAAGGAGGCACUUUCAUAUGGAGAAGAGAUAAGUUGAACUAUGUUUUCUAUCUCACUCACUCGCGGUCAUUUGAGCGACUGGCGUUGCACUGCAUCAGUUUGCACAGCCCACUCACACACAGGGACGCACUGCACGCUCUCUGGCUGUACCCCGUUCCUGUCACUCUCCACACUACUUUUCCAGAGAGCCCGGAGAGGUAAGAAUGGGCAAAUCCGAAAGCCAAAUGGAUAUCAUGGAAAAAUCUACCAAACCAGGGAAGCGUCGUUGGACUGUUGCGGAGAUUGGGCUGUCCGUGCUGUUGUUGCUGGUCAGCUGUGCCCUAGCUGGACUGAUAGUCCUCUACACAUCGGCUCUGAGAGGUAGGCUCAACCCAACGACAAUAGAAGUAAAAAUAGAAUUUGACCUGCACUAAUUACACUCACCUCACUGGAAAUGACUUCAGAAAUACCAUAACAUGUGUGAUAUUUAUCAGGUGUUUAUGUUAUGAUUAGUAUUGUUUGAAAGCACAGCCAAGCAGUAGGCUAUUAAAAUAAGAGAGAAACAGAAAACUUUAUUAGCAUCAUUUGACAACUAUUCCAGAGUGUUUUGUGAAAUCUAUUGAAGCAUAAAUAGGCAACCAAUUUUCAGAAUCAAAUUAGGCAAAGCAUUCUAGCCUACUGUACUAGCAGUGGAGGCUGCUGAGGGUAGGACGGCUCAUAAUAAUGGCUGGAACGGAGCAAAUGGAAUGGCAUCGAAUACAUGGAAACCAUGUGUUUGAUGUAUUUGAUACCAUUCCACCAUUUCCACUCCAGCCAUUACCACGAGCCCAUCCUCCCCAAUUAAGGUGCCACCAACCUCCUGUGUGUACUGGGUACAGUAACUGCUCUGAACAAGCCUCUCUUUUCUCUCCAAUGCAGAGCGGUCCAAUAGACCUGGGGUGUCAAGGAGCUCAGUCACUGAGGGUGAGUCUUGACGCUUGAGUUGAAAUACUGUAUGUGUUUAUAUCCAUGUUAUAGGAUACGGUACGAUGUAAACUGGACAGAGGAUGAUCCCAUUUGAAUUCCCUCUGCUGCCUCAUCAGCAGUGUCGGGACAAAAGUGAGAGAACAGAGUCAUUGCUGACACAGCCAUUUCAGAGACCAAACAGACAGACAGUAUCAAGUAAUGAUUUGCCAGAGAAAUCUAAAAUCCCUUGAUGCUGCUGUUAAUAAAUUCCUACUCUUUUCCUGGAAUAACAAUAGUCAUUUUUUAUUUAACACUUUGAUGUUUUCAGGGCAGCAGUAUCAUUCUGGCCCCAGCAAUGUUUGCACAACUCCUGAGUGCGUCACUGCAGGUGAGCAGUUCCGCCUGCGUAUGGGGUUGUCCGUCCUCCAAAAACAAAACUCAUCACUCAAUUUUAUAUCAACAUAACAACAUAUCAUCAUAAUAUUCCAUUUCCUUCUAUGUUAUCCACAUUCUCCCCUCUCCCUCCUCUGCUGACUGUACCCCCCACAGCCGCUCGUCUCUUGCAGAACAUGGAUGCGACGGUGGCGCCGUGUCAGAACUUCUACCAAUAUGCUUGUGGGGGCUGGCUGGAGCGUCAUGUCAUCCCAGAGACCAGCUCCCGGCACAGCGUCUUCGACAUCCUCAGAGACAGGCUGGAGAUCGUGCUCAAAGGUCAGUCAGCGAGAUGUUUCCAAGGAUCAAAUCUACUUGCUGUGUUAGAUCAAAUCAAUUGACAGAAUGAGGUAAAUCUUUAUGUUUCUGUUGGUCGUCUCCUCACAGGAGUUUUUGAGACUGAGAGUGAUCAGGACCGUGACGCCUUCAAGAAGGCCAAAACUCUCUACAGCUCCUGCAUGAAUGAGAGUGAGUCGGGUUCUUCUCAUCCAAACUCCAAGCUAACACUAUUACACAGAUGUUUGGUCUCGGAAUCAGCUGCAUACUCUGUAACGUUCAUUGACAGUACUCUAUGUAAGAUUGACUGACAGUGUGUUGCUAAUGGUGUUGUGUUGUCUCUGUGUUGUCUUCUGUAGCUCUGAUAGAGCAGCGCGACUCCCAGCCGCUCAUGCUUCUCAUCGACAGCAUAGGAGACUGGCCUGCUGCCUCGGAGGACUGGAACAUCACUACAGGUACUGAUACACACACACACACACACACACACACACACACAGUCUUGUAUAACUAACCUUGUGGUGGACACACAAUUCAGUCCCAUUCAAAAUCCCAAUUUCCCUAACCCCUAACCCUACACCUACACCUAACCCUAAUUCUAACCCUUACCUUUACCCAAAACCUAACCCUAAUCCUAACCCUAACCCUAACCGUAACCUUCACCUUAACCCUAACCUUAACCCCAAAACCUAACCUUAACCCUAACCCUAAACUUAACUUCUAGAUCCUAACCCUAAACCUAAAACUAAAACUAGCUCCUAAACCUAAUUCUAACCCUAACACUAAUUCUAACCUUAACCCUAAACCCCCUAGAAAUAGCAUUUGACCUUGUGGCGACUAACAAAAAGUCCCAAGUUGGUCAAAUGUUUGUUUGUUUACUAUUGUUGUGGGGACUUCUGGUCCCCACAAGUAUUGUUAAACACGUCCACCAACUGAAAUGAUGAGUGAUAUGAUUGUGAGUGACAUGUGACAUGCUCAUCCAGGCGUGCCCCCCUGGCUCUACUGAAGGGCAGUCAGGUGUUGUGACUGAUUCUUAAAAUAGACCACUCUUCACUGCACCAAACCUGACUGCCGCCAGUGUAAUUAAAUGUAAUCAAGGACAGUGGCUCAAACAGAAUUAACCACUCGUAAGUGCAUUUGGUGCAUCUUCACAGACAGAUUUAUGACUGCUCUGUAAAUUGUGCGGCAGUGGCCAUCUAUACUUGGCUGUGUGAGAGGUAGUCAGUCUACUCUCUGCAAGCCAGAUGUUUAAUGUUAGAUUUAAUGUAUGUAUGUUUAAUUGUUUAAUUGUAUUAUCCCAGAGGAGGCCUGGAGCCUGGAGGACACUCUAGCCACCCUCACCUCUCGUUACCACAAGAAGGUCCUGCUGGACAUGUAUGUAUGGACUGAUGACCGCGACUCCCGGCGCCACAUCAUCUAUGUAAGGACAGUGUUUGAAUACACAAUGUUCCAAAAGUACAGUGCCUGUGAUUUUUUAAAUUAAAUCUUCCCCCAUUCUGAUUGGGUGAUAAUAAAAGUCUGUUUUUAUUUUACAGAUUGACCAGCCAGGACUAGGAAUGCCAUCCAGGGAGUAUUACUUCAAUGAUGGAAACUACAAAAGGGUACUUUCAUAAACAGUAUUGUGUAUUAAUGUUCUGUUAAUGUCAUUGCACUGGAAAAGACAAGGUCAUCUUUGCAUGUAUGUGUCAUGUGGCUCUUUAGGUGCGAGAGGCCUACCUGCAGUUCAUGGUUUCCAUGGUGAGGAUUGCCCGCGAAGACAGGAACUUGACCCAGGAAGAUGAUCGUGUGGUGGAGGAGAUGGUGCAGGUGCUGGAGCUGGAAACAGAUAUCGCCAAUGUGAGUGCCAGCCUGCCACAACAAGAACCGGAACUGUGACAGAAGUUAAAAAGAGACUAUGACAGGAACACAUAUGAGGUGGAUUUACCCCCUCUUAUUCAAUGAAUUAGUCUUCAACAAGAAACACCUAAUAGAGACGGAUGAAUUCAACUAUACUGUACUACAUGUCAUCCACAUGUUAAAAACGUGAAUAGAUCAAUAUUAUGGCUAAAUACAGUGUUUGUCACCUUAAAUUUCAAUACAUCAGACAUUACUGUAGGCCUAUGCUUUCUGUGUUGUCGUGUCAUAGGCCACAUCCCCCGCAGAGGAGCGUCAGGAUGUCACGAUUCUCUACAAAAAGAUGACCCUGACUGAGCUGCAGGAGUCCUUUAAUCUCAAUGUAAGUGCUUUCACUCUAGUGAUUUCAAGUGGAUAAGACUUGAGACUGAAGUCUAUUGGCAUUGUCAAAGCCAUAUACUAUAUAUAUUGUAUCAAAUUUGUGGGUGUAGCCCCGACUGGGACUCAAACCCAGGUCCAGCCAACACCUUAACCAUUACACUAAAAGGUUCGAACCCCUUGAUGAUCUUGCUAGGUGUUGGUUUACAUUUUAGUCAUUUAGCAGACGCUCUUAUCCAGUGCAUACAUUAAGGUUGUUAGAUUACCCCCUUCCGUCGAGAGAGCGUGUUCCCACACUUCUCUAUACCAAGUCCCUCACAUGUACACGCCUCUCGCAUGGCCUCACGGGCACCAUCCCACUUCUGACACCAAUGUAGCAAAUUUGGGGGGUUGCCUCGACUAGGACUCAAACCUGGGUCCAUCGACUGUCAACCCAACACCUUAGCCAUUAUGCCAAGAGAUCAGAACCUCUUGAUGAGGUCGCUAGGUGUUGGGUUAAGGUCGCUACAAUAUGUACUUGUAGAUUGCAGAACAAGCCUCAGACAAAAAUACUAACAAAAACACUGCUAUAUCUUACAGGGUUUUAACUGGACAAGGUUUGUGCGUGGUGUGUUGUCCAGUGUGGCUGUGAAGGUACAGCUGGAGGAGGAGGUGGUGGUCUACAGCGCCCCUUACCUGGAGAAGAUGAACAAAGUGCUCUCCAAACACACUAUCAGGUCAGAGCUGAUGAUGUACAUCAGAGCUGCCCAACCCUCUUCCUGGAGAUCUACUGUCCUGUAGGUUUUCAGUCCAACCCUAAUUUAGCAUAUCUGAUUCAGCUAGUUAAGGUCUUGUUGAGUAGCUAAUAAGUAGAAUCAGGUGUGUUAAAUUAGGGUUGGACUGAAAACCCACAGGACGGUAUAUCUCCAGGAAGAGGGUUGGGCAGCUCUGAUGUACACCAUAGUUAAAAUGUGCUUCUAUCAAUAUUUUAUCUACUGUGAUUUAUCAUGCGAGUCAUGCAGGACGGUACACUGUUAGAAAAAAGGUGCUAUCUAGAACCUAAAAUAAAAGGGUUCUUCGGUUGUCCCCAUAGGAGAACCCAUUGAAGAACCCUUUUUGGUUUCAAGUAAAACUCUUUCCUCAGAGGGUUCUAAAUAGAAACCAAAAGAGUUCUACCUGGAACCAAAAAGGGUUCUUCAAUGGGGACAGCCGAAGGACACUUUUGGAACACUUUUUUCUAAGUGUAGAUUUGUGGUUACAUCAUCUAGCUCUAUGUGUGUCACGUACAGUAGAUCCAUUGCUUGAGUGAUUGAGUGACAUUAUUGGGUGAAUAUAUCCAUGUUCUCCUCCUCCAGAACCAUGCAGAACUACCUCACCUGGCAGGUCGUCAUGGAGAGAGUCAGCAGCCUGAGUCGCCGCUUCAAAGAUGCCAGGGCACACUAUAGAAAGGUGAGCCAGAGAUAUGAGCACAUCUAGGAGCACGCUUAGGGCUCUAUUCAAUCCGUAUCGUGGAAGUUCAGCAUUACAUUGUGAUUUAAAUUUAAAGGCAAUGUUCCUGCGUUAGCGAAGACUGCAUUCACCGUAAACGCUGCACAUGUUGGCUCAAUCGGAAAUUACCUUAAAAUGUAUAUUGCACAAUCUGUAACACUUCAAUGGUACAGAUUGAAUGAGCCCUUAGAAACAGACACAUUGAAAAACUAAUUCAUGUAUAAACGUGUGGCAGAUUUGACAGUCUGUCUGUGUGUGUGCGUGUGGUCAGGCCCUGUAUGGGACGACCGUGGAGGAGGCGCGGUGGAGGGACUGUGUGCGUUACGUUCAGGGCAGCAUGGACAACGCAGUGGGGGCUCUGUAUGUGCGAGAGACCUUUGCUGGCGAGAGUAAACGCAUGGUGAGUCACUCCUGUAGACAGGAUGCAGACAAAACAGGAAAUUCUGCUCCGGCUUCUAUAAUCACUGUCACUACAGCAGUUUAGUCUGCACUUUGUGUGUGUGUGCGUGUGUGUGUGUUUGCUUUCCCUGUAAAUUAAUAUAUUAUAUUUUUGUGUGGACAGGUGAGUGACCUCAUCAGUAAGAUCCAGGAAGCGUACGUGGAGACGCUAGAGGAGUUGAGCUGGAUGGAUGACCAGUCUAAGGAAAAGGCAAGAGAGAAGGUACAAAAAUAGCAUUGCAAACAAACAUACCAUGUACAGCUAGCUGCCAAAAUAAUGGAAACAAAUUCAUAAAGUGUCUUAAUAGGGUGUUGGGCCACCACGAGCAAGAACAUCUUCAAUGCACCUUGGCAUAGAUUCUACAAGUGUCUGGAACUCUAUUGGAGUGAUGCGACACCAUUCUUCCACGAGCAAUUCCAUCAUUUUGUGUUUUGUUGAUGGUCGUGGAAAACGCUGUCUCAGGCGCCGCUCCAGAAUCUCCCAAAAGUGUUCAAUUGGGUUGAGAUCUGGUGACUGAGACAGCCAUGGCAUAUGGUUUACAUUGUUUUCAUGCUCAUCAAACCAUUCAGUGACCACUCGUGCCUUGUGGAUGGGAUGUUAUCCCAUAGCCAUGGGAUGUUAUCCCAUAGCCAUGGUAGCCAAAAUAAUGGCCUGCCCAGCAUUUUUAUACAUGAACCUAAGCAUGAUGGGAUGUUAAUUGCUUAAUUUACUCAGGAACCACACCUGUGUGGAAGCACCUGCUUUCAAUAUACUUUGUAUCCCUCAUUUACUCCAGUGUUUUUGGCAGUUACCUGUACAUCAUCAGUGUUUUGAAUAUUGUAGUGUCGAGACAACGAUGCUGAUAUGCUGUGAUGACAAGAAAUCCGCUGACACUGUCCUUGAUUAUAAUGGUUUAUUACAUCAAAGAUUACAGUAUCAAUUUACAGACUCCUGCAGAAAUCUGGAGAACAACUGACCCAAUCUCUAAUAUGUUAUUCUCUCCGUCCUUUGUUCAAAACAUGGUAUUUAUAUCCUAUGUAACAUAAGAUGGGUGGUUUUUGAUAGACCAAUCCCUAACCUCCCCAUAUCUCCAAAUGUCCUCUAUUCCAAGAAGCCUAUGUAGUAAUGCUUUCCAGAUGUUUCAGCAAAGCAGAGUAAAGUUCAUCUAUUACACCAUUUGCAAACGUCAGCAAAAUCAUAAACUGUUUAGAUACUAUAAUAUGUAAACGAAAGAACUUACCAGCUGACUGUUCUACUGCUCUAUGUUACAGGCCAUGGCCAUCAAGGAGCAUAUUGGCUAUCCUGACCACAUUCUGGAAGAGAGCAAUCUGAAGCUUGACCAGGAGUAUGCCCAUGUAUGUCUGUGAGACCUGUCCACACAUUAGCCCCUUUGGGCUCAAAGGACUAUGAUAAAUCCUCCUUUUCAAAGCGAAAUGGAUGUACAAAUUGUUGUUUAGAUUGUUCCUGAUUAUCUUUGCCUGGUCUCUGUCUGCAGCUGAACUUCAGUGAGGAGAACUACUUUGAGAACAUCCUUGAGAACCUGCAGGCUGAAGCACACAAGAGUUUGAAGAAGCUGAGAGAGCCGGUCGACCCGGACAUGUAAGAUGCAUCCAUUUAGCCUCACAUAGACACACGUGAACAUAAACACAUUUACACAUGUGAGUACACAUUCGACAUUCCCUCUUAAAUGGUGAGAUCUAUAUUCUAGUGUUUUUUUCUAGGUGGAUCAUUGGUGCUGCUGUGGUCAAUGCUUUCUACUCACCAAACAGAAACCAGAUAGGUAAUAUGACAACAGCCAACACACUGGCUGCACCUUUCGUCACCCAUCUGAAGUUAGUUAUCGUCGGCCAAUCCUGGCUUGAGGAAAUCCCUUAUUAGGAACAAUAAUUUUGACGUCUACAGUAUUUGUUUCUAUACUAGCAAAGGAUUUCUUACAAGUUCUUGAAUGAUUGAAUAAUAGUCAACUCCUGAUUUAAGAAAUGGUGUGAAUGCAUGCAUCUGUAACAGUGUUCCUUCCAUCCCUCUCCCCGCCCCUACCUGGGCUUGAACCAGGAACCCUCUGCACACAUCGACAACAGUCACCCUCGAAGCAUCGUUAUCCUUCGCUCCAUAAAAGCCGAGCAAGGGAAACAACUACCUCAAGGUCUCAGAGCGAGUGACAUCACCGAUUGAAACGCUACUAGCGCGCACCGCUAACUAGCUAGCUAUUUCACACCGGUUACACUCACCCCUCUUUUGACCAGCCAUUUCACACCUGUUACACAUCUUGCAGCUAACUGGAGAAAAUAAAAUGAAUGUAUUUUGAAUAGGGACUCGUUUGCAUUUGGCUGUAAUAAUAUUGCGUAACAUUAAGAACAUUAAACAUUACAUUGACAUGAAUUCCUUUCCCUAAACCAAAGCAAAAUAUUACACAACUCUUCAAGCCAUUCCUCUGGGUCUAUUUGUAGUCAUAUUGAAAGCUGACAGACAGACAACCUGGUGACUAUUAUGGUUUGGCUCUGAUAUGAGUGCUGUGCUGUGUAUGUAGUUUCAAGUUGUAAUGUCACAGCAGAAGUACAGUGAAAUGUCUUUCUUGCACGCUCCAAACCCAACAAUGCAGUAAUCAAUAUCAAUGUAGCACUAAUAAAUAACAUAAGGUAGAACAAAAACACACAAGAAAUACAAAUAAGAAAUAAGAACAACACGAGAAAGUAAGAAGCUAUAUCCCGUUCCAAUACCAUAAUUACAAUGUGCAGGGAUACUGGAGUGGUAGGGUUAGAUAUGUAUGGUGACUCAGCAUCAGGAUAUGAGAAACAGAGUAGCAGCAGCGUAAAUUAUGAUUGCGUGUGUGUAGAGUCAGUAUAAAUGUGUGUGCAUUUUAUGUGUGCAUUGGAGUAUCAGUGUGAGUGAGUGUGUAGAGUCCUGUGAGUGUGCAUAGAAACAGUGCAAAAAUACAACACAAGACUUUAGAAGUCUUAUGAGCCAGUAUGUUUUAGCCUUUUCUGUAUGUUUUAGCCUUUUCUGUAUGUUUUAGCCUUCUCUGUAUGUUUUAGCCUUUUCUGUAUGUUUUAGCCUUCUCUGUAUGUUUUAGCCUUUUCUGUAUGUUUUAGCCUUUUCUGUAUAUUUUAGCCUUCUCUGUAUGUUUUAGCCUUUUCUGUAUGUUUUAGCCUUUUCUGUAUGUUUUAGCCUUUUCUGUAUGUUUUAGCCUUUUCUGUAUGUUUUAGCCUUUUCUGUAUGUUUUAGCCUUUUCUGUAUGUUUUAGCCUUUUCUGUAUGUUUUAGCCGUUUCUGUAUGUUUUAGCCUUUUCUGUAUGUUUUAGCCUUUUCUGUAUGUUUUAGCCUUCUCUGUAUGUUUUAGCCUUUUCUGUAUGUUUUAGCCUUCUCUGUAUGUUUUAGCCUUUUCUGUAUGUUUUAGCCUUUUCUGUAUAUUUUAGCCUUCUCUGUAUGUUUUAGCCUUUUCUGUAUGUUUUAGCCUUUUCUGUAUGUUUUAGCCUUUUCUGUAUGUUUUAGCCUUUUCUGUAUGUUUUAGCCGUUUCUGUAUGUUUUAGCCUUUUCUGUAUGUUUUAGCCUUUUCUGUAUGUUUUAGCCUUCUCUGUAUGUUUUAGCCUUUUCUGUAUGUUUGAGCCUUUUCUGUAUAUUUUAGCCUUCUCUGUAUGUUUUAGCCUUUUCUGUAUGUUUUAGCCUUCUCUGUAUGUUUUAGCCUUCUCUGUAUGUUUUAGCCUUUUCUGUAUGUUUUAGCCUUUUCUGUAUAUUUUAGCCUUCUCUGUAUGUUUUAGCCUUUUCUGUAUGUUUUAGCCUUUUCUGUAUGUUUUAGCCUUCUCUGUAUGUUUUAGCCUUUUCUGUAUGUUUUUAGCCUUUUCUGUAUGUUUGAGCCUUUUCUGUAUGUUUUAGCCUUCUCUGUAUGUUUUAGCCUUUUCUGUAUGUUUUUAGCCUUUUCUGUAUGUUUGAGCCUUUUCUGUAUGUUUGAGCCUUUUCUGUAUGUUUGAGCCUUUUCUGUGUGUUUUAGCCUUUUCUGUAUGUUUUAGCCUUUUCUGUAUGUUUGAGCCUUCUCUGUAUGUAUGAGCCUUCUCUGUAUGUUUGAGCCUUUUCUGUAUGUUUGAGCCUUUUCUGUAUGUAUGAGCCUUCUCUGUAUGUAUGAGCCUUCUCUGUAUGUUUGAGAGUUUUCUGUAUGUUUGAGCCUUUUCUGUGUGUUUUAGCCUUUUCUGUAUGUUUUAGCCUUUUCUGUAUGUUUUAGCCUUCUCUGUAUGUAUGAGCCUUCUCUGUAUGUUUGAGCCUUUUCUGUAUGUUUGAGCCUUCUCUGUAUGUAUGAGCCUUCUCUGUAUGUAUGAGCCUUCUCUGUAUGUAUGAGCCUUCUCUGUAUGUUUGAGCCUUCUCUGUAUGUUUGAGCCUUCUCUGUAUGUUUGAGCCUUCUCUGUAUGUUUGAGCCUUCUCUGUAUGUUUGAGCCUUCUCUGUAUGUUUGAGCCUUCUCUGUAUGUUUGAGCCUUCUCUGUAUGUUUGAGCCUUCUCUGUAUGUUUGAGCCUUUUCUGUAUGUUUGAGCCUUUUCUGUAUGUUUGAGCCUUCUCUGUAUGUAUGAGCCCGCUCUGCCGCGUGCCCCGGUGUUCUGCCUCACUGCCACUUUAACGUCAUUGAGAAUAAUGACUGCCGGUAAUGCUUUCCGCUGUUGAUAGAAUGGAACUAGUUUCAGGCUCCAUUGCACACAAGCUUUGUGGCUAAAAGAGAUGGGGUUGGGGCGCCAGCCACAAUGAAUGCCACUCAGACAAUGCCGCUAACACAUGGACUGGUAAUGUGCAGUGAUGAUUAGUCAGAUAUGAAGCUGAAAUUCUGUUUCAUUCGCUUGCUCCCAAGGUUGCAAGAUUAUAGACUCUCUUUGUUCAUUUGGCCUGAUCUGUUCUCUGUCCGUUUCUCAAUGUCCUUUCUCCUAGUAUUCCCUGCUGGUAUCCUGCAGCCUCCUUUCUUCAGUAAGCAGCAGCUCCAGGCCCUGAACUUUGGAGGAAUAGGGAUGGUCAUUGGACAUGAGAUCACCCAUGGGUUUGAUGACAAUGGUGAGGCAAUACUCAUAUUUAUAGUCACUGUCCAUGUUUGUGUCCAAUGUGUUGCACAAUCAUGUUUAGUAUAGAGUAUUAAUUCAUGGUCAAAUGUAAAUGAGAAUGCAUCACAAUUAAUUCCACGUUUUAUCUUUAAAAACAGGUCGUAAUUUUGAUAAGGAUGGUAACAUGCUUAAUUGGUGGAGUAAUUAUUCUGCUGAGCACUUUAAGGACCAGUCGCAGUGCAUGGUGCAACAAUAUGGCAACUUCAACUGGAAACUUGCAGGUGGACAAAAUGUGAGUUUCCCAGUGUAGCAAAAGAAUGGGAAAAAUCUAACAUUUAUUUGGGUGUAAUGACUCAUAUUUUUUUGGGUUGAGAACCUCUGAAUGUGAGUGUGCUAAUGACUGUCUCUGUGUGACCCCAGGUCAGUGGAAUUAGCACUUUGGGGGAGAACAUCGCCGACAACGGAGGAGUUCGGCAAGCCUAUAAGGUGUGACACCCUCACAAACCCAUUCAACCACCACGGCACAAUGAAAACACAAUGAACCACUUUCUAACAAAAAUGGAUCUCUGACUAAAUUGUAUCUAAUUAUAUUUGACAUUUGUAUGUUUUUUUUGUGUGUUUGUGGUCAGGCCUACAUGAAGUGGAUGGAGAGAGAAGGUGAAGAGCAUCGUUUACCUGGUCUGGACAUGGACCACAAGCAACUUUUCUUUCUUAACUUUGCCCAAGUGAGUAAGCUCCACUUUAUCCCAGAGUCAGAUUAAUUUGUGGAUACCAUUUUUAUGUAUCUGUGUCCAGUAAGAUGGAAGUUAGAGGUAGUUUCGCGAACCAAUGCUAACUAGCGUUAGCACAAUGACAGUGGGUCUGUGGGUAUCUACUAGCAUAAAAAUGGUAUCCACUUGUUCAUGACUCUGGGGAAGUAGAUAAAGGGCCUCAAUGCCAAAAUCCCGAAGUAUACCUUUAAUAAAUUGAGUUGUCUAGAGUAGACCACCUAAAAGCUACACUACAUGACCAAAAGGAUGUGGACAGCUGCUCGUCGAACAUCUCAUUCUAAACUCAUGGGCAUUAAUAUGGAGUUGGUCCCCCCUUUGCUGCUAUAACAGCCUCCACUCUUCUGGGAAGGCUUUCCAGUAGAUGUUGGAACAUUGCUGUGGGGACUUCCAUUCAGCCACAAGAGCAUUAGUGGGGUCGGGCACUGAUGUUGGGCGAUCAGGCCUGGCUCGCAGUCGGCGAUCCAAUUCAUCCCUAAGGUGUUCGAUGGGGUUGAGGUCAGGGCUUUGUGCAGGCCAGUCAAGUUCUUCCACACCAAUCUCGACAAAACAUUUCUGUAUGGACCUCGCUUUGUGCAAAGGGGCAUUGUCAUGCUGAAACAGGAAUGGGCCUUCCCAAACUGUUGACACAAAGUUGGAAGCACAGAAUAGUCUAGAAUGUCAUUGUAUACUGUAGCGUUAAGAUUUCCCUUCAUUACUCUUACUGAAUUUCCACGUGGGCGAGGAUAUUGGAAAUUUUAUCAAAGCCUAUUGGAUGAUAACUUGUUUUUAACUAGGACAGAGGAAUUUAUAACUUAUUUUUUCAGACACAACAUACAGUUGGAGUCGGAAGUUUACAUACACUUAGGUUGGAGUCAUUAAAACUCGUUUUUCAACCACUCCACACAUUUCUUGUUAACAAACUAUAGUUUGGCAAGUCGGUUAGGACAUCUACUUUGUGCAUGACAUAAGUAAUAAUUGUUUACAGACAGAUUAUUUCACUUAUAAUUCACUGUAUCACAAUGCCAGUGGGUCAGAAGUUUACAUACACUAAGUUGACAGUGCCUUUAAACAGCUUGGAAAAUUCCAGAAAAUUAUGUCAUGGCUUUAGAAGCUUCUGAUAGGCUAAUUGACAUCAUUUGAGUCAAUUGGAGGUGUACCUGUGGAUGUAUUUCAAAGCCUACCUUCAAACUCAGUGCCUCUUUGCUUGACAUCAUGGGAAAAUCAAAAGAAAUCAGCCAAGACCUCAGAAAAAAAACUGUAGACCUCCACAAGUCUGGUUCAUCCUUGGGAACAAUUUCCAAACGCCUGAAGGUACCACGUUCAUCUGUACAAACAAUAGUAUGCAAAUGUAAACACCAUGGGACCACACAGCCGUCAUACCACUCAGGAAGGUCUCCUGGAGAUGAACAUACUUUGAUGUGAAUAGUGCAAAUCAAUCCCAGAACAACAGCAAAGGCCCUUGUGAAGAUGCUGGAGGAUACAGGUACAAAACUAUCUAUAUCCAAAGAAAAACUAGUCCUAUAUCGACAUAACCUGAAAGGCCGCUUAGCAAGGAAGAAGCCACUGCUCCAAAACCGCCAUAAAAAUGCCUGCCUACGGUUUGCAACUGCACAUGGGGACAAAGAUCGUACGUUUUGGAGAAAUGUCCUCUGGUCUGAUGAAACAAAAAUAGAACUGUUUGGCCAUAAUGACCAUCGUUAUGUUUGGAGGAAAAAGGGGGUGCUUGCAAGCCGAAGAACACCAUCCCAACCGUGAAGCACGGGGGUGGCAGCAUCAUGCUGUGGGGGUGCUUUGCUGCAGGAGGGACUGGUGCACUUCACAAAAUAGAUGGCAUCAUGAGGAAGGAAAAUUAUGUGGAUAUAUUGAAGCAACAUCUCAAGACAUCAGUCAGGAAGUUAAAGCUUGGUCGCAAAUGGGUCUUCCAAAUGGACAAUGACCCCAAGCAUACUUCCAAAGUUGUGGCAAAAUGGCUUAAGGACAACAAAGUGAAGGUAUUGGAGUGGCCAUCACAAAGCCCUGACCUCAAUCCUACAGAACAUUUGUGGGCAGAACUGAAAAAGCGUGUGCGAGCGAGGAGGCCUACAAACCUGACUCAGUUACACCAGCUCUGUCAGGAGGAAUGGGCCUAAAUUCACCCAACUUAUUGUGGGAAGCUUGUGGAAGGCUCCCGAAACGUUUGACCCAAGUUAAACGAUUUAAAGGCAAUGCUACCAAAUACUAAUUGAGUGUAUGUAAACUUCUGACCCACUGGGAAUGUGAUGAGAGAAAUAAAAGCUGAAAUAAAUCAUUCUCUCUACUAUUAUUCUGACAUUUCACAUUCUUAAAAUAAAAUGGUGAUCCUAACUGACCUAAGACAGGGAAUUUUUACUAGGAUUAAAUGUCAGAAAUUGUGAAAAACUGAGUUUAAAUGUAUUUGGCUAAGGCGUAUGUAAAAUUCAGACUUCAGCAAAUCCCCUUAUUGUAUGGGACACCUUUAAAUGUGCCUUUAGAGGCCAUGCAAUUCAGUACUCAUCUCGAAAACAAAAGCAAUUUAGGUCAAAAGAGUCCAUACUAACAAAGGAAAUAGAAGGUCUAACAGAAGAGAUAGAUAGCAAUAAAAACUGUAACAUAGAGGCUCAGAAUAAAUUAGAGGAAAAACAAAAAGAAAUUGAGAAACUUAUUCAAGAAAGGUCAAGUGUAAUAUAUCAUAAAAAUAAAGCAAACUGGAUGGAAUAUGGGGGAAAAUGCACCAAAUUCUUUUUUAAACUUCAAUAUAGGAAUGCUACCAAAAAGAAUUUACUGAAACUGGUUACAAAUGACGAAGUCACCCAUGAUUCACCAAAAUAUAUUUUGAAGUACUUUAAGUAUAUGUUUUCGUUUCAGUCGCCUCCAUCUCCUCUAACUGAAGCUAAUUGUAGAGAUGUUUUUUCUAUUGAUAAUGUAAAAUUAACAGCCAUACAGAAAGACUCAUGUGAAGGCGAAAUUACAGAGGAGGAACUUCUGGAUGCAAUUAAAGACUUUAAGUCCGGGAAAACUCCAGGGUUGGAUGGCAUACCAGUCGAGGUAUAUCAAACCUUUUUUUAUAUACUCAGAGGACCGUUAUUAGCAUGUUUUAACCACUCCUAUGUAAAUGGUAGAUUAUCAGACACUCAAGAAGGUCUGAUUUCAUUAUUACUGAAACAGGAUACAAGUGGAAAAUAUAAAGAUCCAGUCCAUUAAAAAAAUUGGAGGCCCCUUACACUUCAGUGUUGUGAUGCAACAAUUCUAGCAAAAUGUAUAGCGCAUAGAAUUAAAAAGGUAUUGUCGGACAUUAUUCAUUCUAAUCAGACAGAUUUUUUACAUGGAAGAUAGAUUGGAGAUAAUAUAAGGCAAGUACUGAAAACAAUAGAACACUAUGAACAAUCUGGGAAACCAGGCCUGGUAUUCUUAGCAGACUUCGAAAAGGCAUUUGAUAAAGUACGACUGGGGUUUAUAUAUAAAUGCCUGGAGCAUUUCAAUUUUGGAGAAUCUCUUAUAAAAUGGGUUAAAAUCAUGUAUAGUAACCCUAGGUGUAAAAUAGUAAAUAAUGGCUAUUUCUCUGAGUUUUAAACUGUCAAGAGGAGUGAAACAAGGUUGUCCACUAUCGGCAUAUCUAUCUAUUAUGGCCAUCGAGAUGUUAGCUAUUCAAACCAGAUCUAACAAUAAUAUCAAGGGAUUAGAAAUCCAGGGCUUAAAAACAAAGGUGUCAUUGUACGCUGAUGAUUCAUGCUUUCUUUUAAAUCCACAACUUGAAUCCCUCCACAGCCUCAUAGAGGAUCUAGAUACAUUUUCUAACCUCUCUGGAUUACAACCAAAUUAUGAUAAAUGUACUAUAUUAUGUAUUGGAUCACUAAAAAAUAAAAUGUUUACAUUACCAUGUAGUUUACCAAUAAAAUGGUCUGAUGGUGAUGUGGAUAUACUCGGAAUACAUAUCCCAAAUGAAAUAAAUGAUCUCACUCCAAUACAUUUUAAUAAAAGUUAGCAAAAAUAGAUAAGAUCUUGCUACCAUGGAAAGGUAAAUACCUGUCAAUUUUUUGUAUCAUCCCAGUUUACCUAUUUGCUUAUGGUCUUGCCUACGCCUAGUGAACAGUUUUUUCAAUUAUAUGAGAAAAAAAUUAUAUCAGACUAAAUUAAACCGGCCUAUUUAUAUAAUGAAUAUGAAUUCGGAGGACAGAAAUUAUUAAAUAUUAAAGCAUUAGACCUAUCACUAUCACUUCAGUCAUACAAAAGUUAUACUUAAAUCCGAACUGGUUCUCUAGCAAAUUAGUAAGAUUGUCUCACCCAAUGUUCAAGAAUGGCCUUUUUCCCUUUAUUCAGAUUACAAACUCUCACUUUCAGUUAUUUGAAAAGGAAAUCAUCUCCCAAAUAUCACUAUUUCUAAAACAAGCCAUAGAAAGUUGGUUGCAAUUUCAAUUUAAUCCUCCAGAAACGACAGAACAAAUAAUGCAACAACUAUUGUGGUUCAAUUCACUUAUACUAAUUGAUAAAAAACCUUUUCUUUUGAAAAAAUGUUUAAAAAAGGUAUAAUCUUCGUAAAUGAUAUCAUCGGUAGGACUGGUGGAGUUAUGUCGCACAUGCAGCUAACAAAAACAUAUGGAAAUGUCUGCUCUACCCAAAAUUACAACCAAAUAAUUGCAGCAUUACCACAAAAAUGGAAGAGGAAAGUGGAAGGGGGAAAAAGUAAGGAACUUGUCUGUCGGCCUUGCAUUAAAGAACAUAAUUGGUUAAAGAAAACUGUGAUAAAUAAAAAAGUAUACCAGUAUCAUUUAAGGACCAAAGGAUUGACAGCCGUCCCAUAUAGAUUGCAAAAUAGUUGGGAAGAGAUAUUUCACAUACCAAUCCCAUGGCAUAGUGUUUAUGAACUGAUACGCAAAACGCCGCCGGAUUCAAAACUUAGAAUUUUUCUAUUUAAAUUAUUAUAUAAAAUUCUUGCUCCCAACAGAAUGUUAUUUAUAUGGGGGAUACAAUCUUCCCAGCUGUGCAGAUUUUGCUGCGAAGAGACAGAAUCAUUCGAUAAUUUGUUUUGGUACUGUCCAUUUGUAGCUUGUUUUUGGACACAGGUAGAAACAAUGAGAAUAGAAAGGUUCAGAACUUUUGUAAAACAUCACAGUACAGUUGAAAAAUAUAUGGCAAAUAGAAAUCCAAUAUGGAUGGGUGGUGUUGAAUGGAGUUGAAGGAUGGGACUAAUAACAACUAACAACAACUAAUAACAACAAGAUAACUAAUAAUGUAAGCAUACUGUGUCCAUAAUAAGUAUAUAGGUUAUAGGUUGAGAGCUUUUGUGAAAGAGCACAGUUUGAAAGAUAUGGCAUAUAGAAGCAAACCGGAUGGACAUCAUUAAAAUGAUCGGAGAGGUUGAGGGUAGAGGAAGUUCAGGAGUAAAAACAAACAAAAUAGAAUUAUUGUAAAAUGGAUUGUGUCCAUAAAAUGUAUAUAGUAUGUAUAAGCUGGAAGUAGAGGCCUAAGCGUUGUUGUUGUUCACUAGUUUACUCCAAUUAGGGAAGGGUUGGUGGGGUUGGAAAGUAUUCAAGGGAAAUAUAUUUUUAAAAAGGAUAUUUAUGUAUGUGUGUGUGUGUGUAUGUAUGUAUGUAUGUAUGUAUGUUUGUAUGUGUAUAUAUAUAUAUCUAUAUAUACAUAUAUUUGCGAGAAAAAAAACAUAUGGGGGAUUGGAAGUGAUGCAGACAAUUACAUUGAUGGAAGUUACAAUCUAUCUGCAAUACUAAAGCUGAUCUACCCCCUAAAUUUUUUUAUAAUAAUAAUAAUAAUACAAAAUAAAAAUAAUAAAAUUUCCCUUCACUGGAACUAAGCGGCCUAGCCCAAACCAUGAAAACAGCACCAGACCAUUAUUCCUCCUCCACCAAACUUUACAGUUGGCGCUAUGCAUUGGGGCAGUUAGCGUUCUCUUGGCAUCCGCCAAACCCAGAUUUGUCCGUCGGACUGCCAGAUGGUGAAGCGUGAUUCAUCACUCUAGAGACCACGUUUCCACUGCUCCAGAGUCCAAUGGCGGCGAGCUUUACACCACUCCAGCCGACGCUUGGCAUUGGCAUGGUGAUCUUAGGCUUGUGUGCGGCUGCUCUGCCAUGGAAACCCAUUUCAUGAAGCUCCCGACGAACAGUUAUUGUGCUGACGUUGCUUCCAGAGGCAGUUUGGAACUCGGUAGUGAGUGUUGCAACCGAAGACAGAAGAUUUUCAGUGGUCCCGUUCUGUGAGGUUGUGUGGCCUAUCACUUUGCGACUGAGCCGUUGUUGCUUCUAGCAAUUUCUACUUCACAAUAGCAGCACUUACAGUUGACCGGGGCAGCUCUAGCAGGGCAGAAAUUUGACAAACUGACUUGUUGAAAAAGUGGCAUCCUAUGACGGUGCCACGUUGAAAGUCACUGAGCUCUUCAGUAAGGCCAUUCUACUGCCAAUGUUUGUCUAUGGAGAUUGCAUGGCUGUGUGCUCGAUUUUAUACACCUGUCAGCAACGGGUGUGGCUGAAAUAGCCGAAUCCACUAAUUUGAAGAGCUGUCCACAUACUUUUGGCCAUGUAGUGUAUAUUACCAUCCUUCCUCCACUGCUGUUCCCAGAUCAUUGAGAAAUGCUGGUCUAGAGACCACUGAGAACACACAUUUUUUCCUAAAUACUUGGUUUUUAAGAAAUAAACAGUUGGACCAAGGGGUUUAAAACUACCCCAGAUCAUUAUAUCAAGCUACCUACCUAGGGGUCCAGAAUAUUUUGCCAAAAUAAAGACCACUGUGGUACUGUGCCAGGGAAAACAAGGCCAGAGCAAAGCCAGACUAGUGUUUGACAGUCUUCAUCCAAAACCAGGUCAAAGCCAAACACAAUCCCUGCUGGGAUUAUUCAGUUGGGCUGUCGAACAGCGCCUUGGAAAAAAUACUUGGUACCCCUUAAGGUGUUCCCUCUGGCAUAUCAUGUUCCUCAUCAUUUUAUGGUUUACAUUUACUGUAUAUUCAGCUCAAAAAUAUCCUCACUUGUAAAAUACGAACAGGUGUAAUUGAGAAAAUAAAUGUGUUAUGGGCACAGUAAUACUGUCUCUGCUUUUACUGUGUCAAACUUGAAUUAAUUAAUAUGUGAUACAUCUUUCUCCUCCAGGUAUGGUGUGGUGCCUAUCGGCCUGAAUAUGCAAGCCAGUCCAUCAAGACAGACUCCCACAGUCCCCUGGAAUACAGGUAACGACCAACUGUAAAAAUGUAGCGUUUCGCGAUUCCAACCUAUUUUCUGUCAGUAAUCUGUUAACACUCUUUACCUAUCUUCUCUCACAGGGUACUUGGCUCCCUACAGAAUUUUGGAGCAUUCUCAGAGGCAUUCCAGUGCAAACCAGGUACUCCCAUGAACCCUGAGAUAAAAUGUCGGGUGUGGUAGCCAGUUCCUGUCUUCUUCUACUAUUGUUAAUUAUUUCUUGACUGGGGCAACUGAACAAAAGAACAUGAUUUACUACCACCUUGUGUUAUACUGAUGCCACAUAUGCAUCCUGCCUUAGAGUAUGUCUGAUGGAUUUACAUGGCAGAAGAAAACAUAGAUAUUUACACAAGUGUUUUAACAGUGUGUAAAUACAGAAUACAGUUUAUAUAUGGACUGGAUAACUGACCAAACUACAUCCUAGUAUCACCAUUUGAAGCAGAUUAAAACUAAGAUGAGACAGGAAAAACACUUGCAAGGAGUAUGUACUUAUAUGGCUACUCAGCUUAAAGAUGUUGUCUGUGGGUGAACAGUUUUACUUGUGGUUUUGUUGUAUACACUCUCAGAAAAAAAGAUUCUAGGUAGAACCACAAAUAUGGAUAUGCUUGAUUCAUAUAUGGCACCCCUAAAGGUUCUAUAUAGAACCCUUUUUGUAGGGCUCUUUGAUCAGAACAUCAGGGGUUCUUCUUCACUGAACCAAAAUUGGUUCCAUAUAGAACCUUUGGGAUCCAUAUAGGGUUCUAUAUGGAACCCAUUUCGGUUCUAUAUAGAACUUUAAGUCUGCCAUAUAUGAAGCAAGCAUAGAACCCUUAUUGGUUCUAUCCAGAACAUGUUUUUCUAAGUGUGUACAUGUAUACAUCUGAAGCUCCUAUGCACCACUGUGGGUGGUCAGUUGGUACAUGCA